AUGUUUAAGACGACUCGGGUGGUGCUAGCGAUCCGAGAGAAGGUCGAGAACGGCGGAUCGGAAUCGGAGUCGACUGGAUCCGAAGAUGAUUUGGAUCGUCGUCGUGUUUGUGUAACGACUACACCCGAUCAAGAUCAUCCGAACAAGGAACAGCGUACCUGGCAGAAGAACACUGGUGAAGGAGAAGGACGCAAUCGUAGUGGACGAUCGAAGGUGUGUGCCCAUUGUGGGUCUACCAGACACGAUGUUCGAGGGUGUUGGAAGCCGUUGACAUUCCAGAACUGUGCUCGCAAGGUACAUCCCUCGGACAAAUGCUUCUUCGUGUGUGCAGCCUGCGGGGAUAUACAUGAAAGUGGCAAGUGUCUUAUGGAGGAACUCGUCAAUUUGAUUCGAAAAAGGUACGUGCCAACGAAACACGCUGGAAUGUUUCCACCCGAAUUGGAGGAGAUGUUGAACUAA